CAGGCUCAAAUCAAUGUCACCACCAGCACAGACCCAACAAGAGUAACUAUUAGUUCAAGAGGGGGAAAUCGUCCAAGCUCCACAACUGUCACAUCGUCUGCCAACAAUGUGACCUCAAGUUCUAGUACAUCUAAUUCCUCAACCCCUCGGCCAGCUUCUACAUCCUCCUCCACUUCCAGCGCUUUUGGCACUGCGCAUGUAGAGGGACAGACAACUGGUGGCUCUAAUCAAGUAGGUUCGUCUGCCAGCACCACUACAUCAGCUACAACAUCAGCAGCCUCCAGCUCUUCAUCAUCAGGAGCUACCUCAUCAGGAAGUCAGACGGCCUCAGCUCAGGCACGGAACUUAGCCUCAAUGCUGAAUCUUGGAGCUGUGCAAGGCUUCCCGAUGGAUGGUGGGGACCUAGUGCUAAUGGAAGUGGGGCCACAUGGAAUCACAAUUGACUCUCUCUCUGCUGAGGGGUCUGGAAGUGCAGGAGGAUCAGCCCCCACUCCAGAGCUUAUUCGAAACCUUGUAUCAUCCAUCACGAACCAGUUAGGAGUUAAUCUCAGUGGCGCUGCAACCUCUACUUCAUCCACAACCUCUUCCUCCUCCACCUCCUCUUCUACCACCUCAGCCAGCUCCUCCACAGCAACAUCUAAUGUAUGUUCCUCAACCCCAGCAUCAGGCCAAGGUGUACAGAGAACUGCCCCUGCUCGGAAUAGCCAGGCAGCCGGUAACAGGAUCUACAAUGUGUCCUCCCUCAAUUUCCCUCCCACAUCCGAAGACGGAACGAGCACCACAAAUGUGACCCAGACUCGCGUGACUCACCGACCCCACGUGCACGUCACACCCUUGAAUGUACCGGGGAUGGGAAUGAACCAGUUUGAUCCCUUCCUGCCUUGCCAGAGUCACCACAUACGCCCUGCCACCAGACGUAGGCAUCAGGCGCAGACACAGACCCAAGUUGGCAGCAGUCAAGCCCAGCAGAGAAGGACAGCAGCAAGCAACAGGGCCCAGGAGAAUGGAGCAAGUGAGAACAGUCAGACUCGUCCUCAAGUGGGCAUUUCACCUACUGCUUCAUCCUCUGAUCCUCUGGCAUUCUUUGCCAGUCUAAUGGCAGAGGCAUUUGGUGCCAGGCAGGGCUCAGCUACACAGCAACAGCAACAUCAGCAGCAACAGCAACAACAGCAACAGCAGCAGCAGUCACAGUCCUCUGCUGCUGAUGGUGGUGAACCUCAGAUCAGUGACCAGAUGUUUGCCCAGUUAGUCCAAGGCGUCAUGAGUCAAGUCUCUGGUUCACUGAAUACUGAAGGCAAUGGUAGCAGCAGUCAACAGUCAGGUGCAUCAUUGCAUGAAUUCCUGCAACCCUUCGAUGGUGGGAUGUUUAGCGAAGGGGAUGAAGAUUCUCUCUUUUAUCAGUUGUUCAACACUGUGGCAAUGUCGCUGUCAAUAGGAGAUCUUGUUCAGUUGUUCUUUGGAAGAGCAACAACAGCCAAUCAGUUGCGUACGCCCUUGCAAGAGUUCGUGAGGGAGAGGGCAUUAAAGGGAAACCAACCCACAGAGGAGAAUCUCGACCGUGCCAUAGACAGCGUCAUCCAUGACCUCCACCCACAUCUAGUAUUGACUGCAGGAGAUGCACAUGUGCAUGAAGGAAUUGAUUAUGUCAAUACAGUUCACAACUUUAUUCGACAUCGCUUACAUGACAUUUUCAACUUAGUUUUGAAUCACACUGAUGCUGAAACAUUUGGUCCUUCCCUGGUAUCUCUUGUCCGACGAGCAUUGUGGGAAUUCAUAGCACUCUCCCUUCACUGCUUCACAGACGGUGCCCAAGGGCUUGAGAGAGUUAUUCAGGAACGAGUGAGAUCCAUAAUGGCUGGUGUCAGUCCUGCAAUUCAGACAUGGUCAGUAAACACUUCAAUCAUGCAGCUGAGAUCUAUGAUGAGCCGCAUGACUAUAACAGAUGAUCACAUCCGCCGAUAUGUAGUAUCUCCAGAUGAGGGAAGGCGAAUGGAGGAAGAACGAAGUCGUAGACUGCGUGAUAGUGAGUCUCCAGCAGCGGAGCCUACCCCCUUACCACAAAUGACCUCACAUCAUUCUUCAACAGCAGACAACAUGGUCCAUGUGACCCCAGCUAAUGUACCUGCUGAAGAGCCCAUGGAAGUGGAAGAGGUUGGAUGUAUGGAGGAAGUCAUAACCACAGGGGUUGAGGCAGAGUUAGAAAUUGCGACUGAAGGAGCCACUGGAGGAACUGAGGAAGCAAAGGAAGAUGAGUCUCUCACAGAAGAACCACCUGUUACAAUAAAUGUUGGAUCUCAGCCUUGGCAUCCAGCUGUUCCACAGGACUGGAUACCAGUUAUAACACGUGAUGUGGAGAGACAACAGCGCGGUGUUCCAGAUACAAACCUGAGUGAUGCCUACCUUUGUGGGAUGCCACUCAAACGUCGCAAGCUUGCUUCUCAGCACAAACCUCAUGGGACAGUGCAGCAGGUUAUACAAGAUACCUUGCGCCACAGCAUGAGAGGAGUCGGUGUUAAUCGGGUUGUGGUUGAAAGUGUUGCAGGAGAAGCGGCUAGUCAGCUCGGUGAAUCGUUUGCUGGCCAUGUGCGCACAUCUCUCAGGCAGCGGCUAAAUCAUAACAAAGACUUCAAGCCUGAGAAAUUUCCAAAAAGCGAGCAACAUAUACUAAAGGAAAAGUGAAAGGAGGGAAGACCACUUUUGUUUUUUCUCUCUCUUUUCUUUAUGUAUUAUUAUUAUUACUAAAAAUAGUCUGCAGUGUGGAAAAGCAGUAUUAGUGAAUGUGAUGAAAGUUGACUGUGGAUCCAUAUGAAGAGCUUGUUAUAGCUAAAUUUACUACAACCGAGUGUCACUGAAAAUUAAAUUAUAUUCAAAAACACUUCAGUGAAUGGUAUUGAAAAGCAAAAUAAAUGCAGGGAAAUGUUAGGAGUGUGAUGGUAUGGAUAAAGUUAGCCACUUUUUUGUUUUACCCAUUGUACAGUAGAGGGAAUUCUUCAGAAUACGAACACACGUAUUGUAAGCAGGUAUGAUAGAUGUUUAAUGGUACUUCAUUGCAUGCACAUCCUGUAACUUUUGUACAUGCUUUUGUGAUUUUAUUUUGAAUCCAAUGCUUGCUGCUGAUGUAACAUAAAUGAAAACAGUUGUAGAGUGAAAGAAAUAGACAUAUGCAUAUAUUUUUUGUUAUAUAUUGACAGUCAAAUGUAUAUAAGUCUGCAGAGAUUUUUAUUCAUGGCAUUUUUUUCUUAAAAGUAACUGCACAUUGUCAAGGCAAGCCAAAGGUUGUCCGAAAUUGGCUAUUGCAAAUUAAAGGUAACCGUAAUCAUUGGUGUUCAUACCCAGAGUAUCAAGAUCUCUGUUUUAUAUAUAUAUAUAUAUACUGUAAGGAAACUUGUUUACCCAUGCAAUAUAGAAAAUGAUAGGAAUUCAUAGAAUAUUUACAGUGUUAUUGUACAGUGUGUAAUCAUUCUGUGAUUGAUGAAGAUAUCAGUUAUGUGACAAGUCAGGCUGUAAGUUAGGAAACAAUCAAUAUGAAAGGAAUUAUAGGUCUUUUAUUAUUCAUUGUACAUAAUACGGUUCCGUAGAUUUUCUUGAAUCCAUUGAAAUUUACUUGAGUCAAGGGUAUAUGAUUUAAAAAAUGAUUAAUUCACUCUUCACCCAUACCAAAUAUUAUUGCCUUUCCCAUGUCUGUAUCUUUGCUGUAAUACUGCCACUCGCACAUAUAAAUUAAACCCAUUCGGUAAAUGGUUGAGUGUGGAAUGGAAAACAUUUGCACUAAUAGUAUUUUAUGAAUUAUUUCUUAUAUGUGAUGUUACUAUUUUACACUCUUAGGUAUCAUUAGAGAUGCAUAGCUUCAAGAAACUGUUGAUGUAUGUGUGUGUGUGUGGGUGCAUGUGUCUGUAUACAUGUGAGAGAAUAUGGAUUAAAAUAUUGAUGGUGCAUCACAAAUGAAUAAAUAAAAUUUGAUAGUCUGUGGUUUUCUGUUUAUGAGCAGUUAUCUGGAGAAAUGUGUGUAACCUAAAGCCUUGAAAAAUUUAGAAUUUGGCAUAAAGUAUAACUGGAGGUAUUCCUGAAUUGAUUCCACGAAUAUCAAGGAUGACUUGAUAGAAGCAAGUUUAAGAAACAUGAUUAGAAAUAUUCAAUCUCAAAAAUGCAAUAUUUAACCAUAACACUACAUGAGGAUGUGCUUGUUUAGGACAACAGAGGUUGGGAUUUAAAUAUUUGACUAUGUAUGCUCAACUUUUGUGCUAAAGUAGGCUACAUCUGUUUAAACAUAUAUAAAAAUCUUUUAAA